AAUACCAGAAGAAGAAAAAAACAAUGAUUCGCGUAAUCGAAGAUACUUUUGGGGCAGCCAUCAAUCCCUUGACUAAACAAACGGAGGAAAUAAAACGCUUUACCAUCACAAAUGGUAUGCAAAUGAAAGUGCAGGUUAUCACUUUGGGUGCUACCAUUACCAGCAUUGAAGUACCGGAUGCAAAUGGCAAAGUAGAGGAUGUGGUGCUGGGCUAUGAUGAUGUUGCAGGUUAUCAAACGUCAACAAAUCCAUAUUUCGGUGCUACCGUUGGCCGUGUAUGCAAUCGUGUUGGCAACGGUCGUUUCACGCUGAACGGUCAAGAGAUACAGGUCUCUCGUAACCUGAACAACAAACACCAAUUGCACGGCGGCUUUAUUGGCUUCGACAAAGUCCACUGGUCGGUGGUGGGCCGCCAUCAAGACGGUGUAACACUUCAGCAUUGUUCACCGGAUGGCCAUGAAGGAUAUCCGGGCGAAGUAACCGCAACAGUCAAAAUCUCAUUGACCGAGGACAAUUGUCUACAUCUGCUGAUGCAGGCAAAGACGACCAAAACAACGGCUGUCAAUAUGACAAAUCAUAGCUAUUUCAAUUUGGCCGGACAUGCAGCUGGCAAGGAAGCCAUCUAUGGACAUGAGGUAAUGAUUAAUGCUGAUAAAAUAACCGAAACCGAUGAUGACUCCAUACCGACUGGUAAUUUUACAUCUGUCGAAGGUACCGCCUACGAUGUCAGGAAGAUGACCAAUCUGGGUGAAGGCAUAAAGAACUUAUUGCCCACCAAUGGUUAUGAUGACAACUAUUGUGCGGAUAAAAAUUAUGAUGGCAAUCGUAUUAAUGUUAUUGGAAAAGUCUUUUAUCCCCCCAAUGGCCGUUGGUUGGAAAUUGCCAGUAAUCAACCUGGAGUACAAUUCUAUACCUCCAAUGGUAUGCCCGAUACUGAAAAGGGAGAG